UAUGCCGAGGAACUUAAAACUUGCUACCCUCUCCACUACUGAUCCAUCGAUGUGGAUAGGGGGGUGUUCCCUCUGCUGUUUCCUGAAGUCCACAAUCAUCUAUAACUAAGGUCAGGGCGUGACACAAACUUAGGAAUGACAUGCCAGCAACAAACGCUGACACUACACAUCCAAGUAUAACUGAUCAAAUUAUGAAAGACAAGCAUUGCAAUUCCGAAUUCCGUAAAGUGAAUCUGGGGAAGGUGAGUGAAAAAAUGAUUAUUGUCUGUCAGCAAUGACAAGCCACCGGGGUCUGGCAAAUUGGUUGCCAAAUUACUGAGGAUAAUAACGGACGAUAUUGCAACUCCUAUUUGCCAUAUCUUCAAUCUAAGCCUACUAGAAAGUGUGUGCCCUCAGGCCUGGAGGGAAGCAAAAGUAAUUAUGCUACCCAAGAAUAGUAAAGCCCCCUUUACUGGCUCAAAUAGCCAACCAAUCAGCCUGUUACCAACCCUUAGUAAACUUUAAGAAAAAAAGUGUGUUUGACCAGAUACAAUGCAGAUACAAAUUGACAGACUUUCAGCACACUUAUAGGAAAGGACAUUCAACAAGCACAGCGCUUACACGGCGGCAGGGUAGCCUAGUGGUUAGAGCGUUGGACUAGUAACCGGAAGGUUGCAAGUUCAAACCCCUGAGCUGACAAGGUACAAAUCUGUCGUUCUGCCCCUGAACAGGCAGUUAACCCACUGUUUCCAGGCCGUCAUUGAAAAUAAGAAUUUGUUCUUAACUGACUUGCCUGGUUAAAUAAAGGUUAAAUAAAUAAAUAAAAUACACAAAUGACUGAUGAUUGGCUGAGAGAAAUUGAUGAUAAAAGAUUGUGGGUGCUGUUUUGUUAGACUUAAGUGCUGCUUUUGACAUUAUCGAUCAUAGUCUGCUGAUGGAAAAACAUAUGUGUUAUGGCUUUACUUUGCUAUAUUGUGGAUAAAGAGUUGCAUAACAGAACACAGAGGGUGUUAUUUAAUGGAACCCUCUCCAACAUAAUACAGGUAGAAUCAGGAAUUCCCCAGGUCAGCUGUAUAGACCUCUUACUUUUUUCAAUGUUUACUAAUGACAUUCCACUGGCUUUGAGUAAAACCAGACUUUACUCAAACUGCUUGGAUUAACCCUGGAUUGUAAACUGUCAUGGUCAGAACAUGUUGAUUCAACAGUAGAUAAGAUGGGGAGAAGUCUGUCCAUAAUAAAGCUCUGCUCUGCCUUUUUAGCAACAGUAGAACCCUAGCUCAGAUGCACAUGAUAACUGCAUACAAUAGCUGUAGGAUCAGCAGAGACAUUCAGGGCAGUUAGAGGGACAUCAAUUAGGUUACUUACAUUGUGUCUUCCAACGCACCUGGGAUAAUGUACAUUUGUUGAAGCAUCAUGACAACUUAGCGACACAAUGGUAGGGAUUCCCUGAGCUGGGUUUGGGUCAUUGUAGCGACACAAUGGUAGGGAUUCCCUGAGCUGGGUUUGGGUCAUUGUAGCGACACAAUGGUAGGGAUUCCCUGAGCUGGGUUUGGGUCAUUGUAGCGACACAAUGGUAGGGAUUCCCUGAGCUGGGUUUGGGUCAUUGUAGCGACACAAUGGUAGGGAUUCCCUGAGCUGGGUUUGGGUCAUUGUAGCGACACAAUGGUAGGGAUUCCCUGAGCUGGGUUUGGGUCAUUGUAGCGACACAAUGGUAGGGAUUCCCUGAGCUGGGUUUGGGUCAUUGUAGCGACACAAUGGUAGGGAUUCCCUGAGCUGGGUUUGGGUCAUUGUAGCGACACAAUGGUAGGGAUUCCCUGAGCUGGGUUUGGGUCAUUGUAGCGACACAAUGGUAGGGAUUCCCUGAGCUGGGUUUGGGUCAUUGUAGCGACACAAUGGUAGGGAUUCCCUGAGCUGGGUUUGGGUCAUUGUAGCGACACAAUGGUAGGGAUUCCCUGAGCUGGGUUUGGGUCAUUGUAGCGACACAAUGGUAGGGAUUCCCUGAGCUGGGUUUGGGUCAUUGUAGCGACACAAUGGUAGGGAUUCCCUGAGCUGGGUUUGGGUCAUUGAUGAGUCAUUGUCUCAACGCAGCCUUAUAAUGCUGUGAAGGGAUCCAGGAACCCAAAUGAUUUGGGUGGAUCCCAUCCUCCUUAUAAAACAAGCUUUGUUUCCAGAAGGUAUCAACAUUGUCAAUAAAUGUUACAUCCACAGCGCUGCAAUAGUCACGUAGCCAGUUAUGGAGGGCUAAAAGUUUGCUGAAACCAUGCUUCUACACCUGCAUUGCUUGCUGUUUGGGGUUUUAGGCUGGGUUUCUGUACAGCACUUUGAGAUAUCAGCUGAUGUACAAAGGGCUAUAUAAAUAAAUUUGAUUGAGUUUUUUUUGUGAAUUACUUAGUAAUAAAUAAGUUAUUUAAGACAAUUGAUGUAUGGAUGACUCAUAGUGAAGACUGGGUUCGUGCAGAUAACCAACAAUUUACGACGUUUGGAAUGAGACUAACGUGAGGUACAGUAAAUAAUUAAUUAAUUCAAAGACUAAUUGACCAGAUAAAAUAUCUGAAAAGUUAUUUUAGGAAAUGAUAACUUUGUAAUCUGAAUAUUUUUCAUUGGUGUCCCGACUUCCUAGUUAAUUAGUUACGUGAUUAAUCGGUUGAUCGCGCACUAACUAAUUACAGAGAAUCUUUGAUAAAAACUAUCAGUCUUCAGUUAAUGAUAGUAAAGACACGACAACAGUGUUGUUGGCAUGGGUAAUGUAUUGAUGCUCGAGUGUCUUUUUGAGUCUUAUUUCUGUAUUUUUAGGUUUAUAUAGUUUUAAAUGUUAUGAUUACUUAUUUGUGCUGUUCCAAAUUGUCUGAAUAAAAACUACAGUUAGUGCAGAAUGGUGGAUUUAGACAGAUCAAGAGGUAUGCUUAGAUACACAGAAAAAUAUACAUAUUUUGGACAUUAUGGCUCCAGAUUCCAGGAAAAAGCUAAAUUCUGCUGCUUUCAAUAUACUUUGUAUCCCUCAUUUACUCAAGUGCACUUACCUGUACAUAACAUUCUAUGACAAACACAUGCCAUACAGAAAUGAGCUGCUACACACUAGUUCAGGGAUUAAACACAUCUCAGGGUCUAGGAACACUGCACCAACACUUGAAGAGCUUUGUGCUAUCCUACAAAAGCUAUAGUUUAGUUUCCUGUCAAGUCAAACAGCAGUUACUUAGCCAUCUUCCAUUACUGCACUGCUUUUGUCAACUCAACUGAGAGAGAAGUCACUCUGUUCAGCGUUCCCUCACUGCAUCUGCUCUCUCCAUAGCUCUACCUUCAGGCCCGCUCCAAGGCGUCCGCAUGGUCCUAAGCCACCCGCUGAACUUCGAGAACAAACACACUCUCUUUUCUCUCCAAUCUGAGCAAGAUUGACAGCGCUCUGAAUAAAUUAGGAUGGGGGAGGGGCUAUGAAGGGUGGCCAGUCAUAUAUUAUAUAAUCAAGUGAUUAUCACUGAAGUGAAAGGAGAGAGCCAACAGAGACACUACUAGAGGCAAACACACGGUCAGGACCCAGCUGAGUCCAGACUGGACCCAUGUCUCCAGAGAAGGAAAGCAAUGGUCUCGAAAACGACACAUUUGCUAUUCAUGGGCAUUUCUGUGAGCUGGAGAAUGAUGGAGAGGGCUCCGACCUCUCUGAGGAGGAUGACAAGAACAAGCUGGCCUACUGUGUCACAGACGUCCCAGCCUGGUACCUAUGCAUAAUCCUGGGCAUCCAGCAUUUACUGACAGCGUUUGGGGGGAUAAUUGCCAUCCCUCUGAUCCUGUCUCAGGGUCUGUGUCUGCAGCACGAUGGCCUGACCCAGGGUCACCUCAUCAGCACCAUCUUCUUUGUGUCAGGCGUGUGCACCCUGCUGCAGGUCACCUUCGGAAUCAGACUGCCCAUUGUUCAGGGGGGUACCUUUGCCUUUCUAGCUCCCUCCAUGGCUAUGCUGUCAAUGCCAGAGUGGACAUGCCCUGCCUGGACCCAGAACGCUUCCCUGGUCAACACCACCUCUCCUGAGUACAUAGAUGUGUGGCAGAGCCGCAUGCGAGAGCUGCAGGGCUCCAUCAUGGUGGGCUCUUUGUUCCAGGUGCUGGUGGGUUUCUCUGGACUCAUUGGUUUCUUCAUGCGUUUUAUUGGCCCCCUUACCAUCGCACCCACCAUUUCUCUGAUUGGCCUGUCCCUGUAUGACUCGGCUGGAAUGAGCGCAGGGAACCACUGGGGCAUCUCCACUAUGACAACUGCUCUGAUCAUCCUGUUCUCCCAGUACCUCCGACACAUCCCUGUACCAUUCCCCACAUACAACAAGACCAAGAAACUCCACACCUCCAGGAUCUACAUCUUCCAGCUUCUCCCUGUGCUCCUUGGCAUCACACUGUCAUGGCUGAUCUGUUACAUCUUCACCAUCUCUAAUGUCCUGCCCUCAGAGCCGGAGCAGUACGGCUACCUGGCUCGCACAGACCUGAAGGGGGAUGUCAUAAGCCAGGCCCCCUGGUUCAGAUUCCCAUAUCCAGGUCAGUGGGGUUUGCCAACUGUGAGCCUGGCGGGAGUGGUAGGGAUCUUGGCUGGGGUGUUAUCCUCCAUGAUAGAGUCGGUGGGGGACUACCACGCCUGUGCCAGACUAUCAGGGGCCCCUCCACCCCCUAAGCAUGCCAUCAACAGGGGCAUUGGCAUUGAGGGGAUUGGCUGUCUGCUGGCUGGGGCCUGGGGCACGGGCAACGGAACCACCUCCUAUAGUGAGAAUGUGGGUGCACUGGGCAUCACCAAGGUGGGCAGUCGCAUGGUGAUCGUUGCUGGUGGGGCAUUGAUGAUCAUCAUGGGACUUUUCUGUAAAAUUGGAGCAAUUUUCACCACCAUCCCCACACCUGUGAUUGGAGGAAUGUUCUUGGUCAUGUUCGGGGUCAUUUCUGCAGCUGGAGUUUCAAAUCUGCAGUAUGCAGACAUGAACUCCUCCCGGAACGUGUUUAUCUUUGGAUUUUCCAUGUUUUCCGGGCUUGUCAUUCCAAACUGGAUAUUCAAGAACCCGGAUGCCAUAGCAACAGGUGUGGUCGAGCUGGACCAACUGCUGCAGGUGCUUCUAACAACCAGCAUGUUUAUUGGAGGCUUCUUUGGGUUCUUCCUUGACAACACCAUUCCAGGCACCCUGCGGGAGCGGGGCAUCAUGGACUGGAACAAGAUCCCCCUUGAUGACUCCAGCAACACUUUGGAGAGCAGUGAGGUGUACAACCUUCCAUUUGGAAUUAGCUCUUGUCUCUCCUCCUUCUCCUGGGUUCGAUAUGUGCCGUUCCUCCCUCCAAAUGCACCAAGCUCACAGGACGAGGCCAAGGUGGACUCUUUGGCGACCAAGCAGCAGCCUGUGAAGCCAGAGGUUAUCAGAUCAGUGGCCCUAUGAACACUGUGCAGGACCAGACACGGGCUAAAACAACAACAAUAAGCGAGGCAGCUCUCGUGACAUGGUCCUCCCGUUCUGUUCUAUUUUGUCUAAUAUUUUAUACUCAUUUCUUGUAAAGAUUUGAUUAUACAGUGUUGUAAAAAUAUACAUAUUUUUUUUAUGGAACUUGUAUUUUACUGAUAACACACUGUAUAGGACCAUAUAAUAAUUGGACUAAAAUCACUUUUAAAGUUUCAAAAAUAAUAAUAUCUGUAAAUAUACAGAUUUUUUCAGAACUACAUUUCCAAGUGUGUUCAGGGUAGCACUAGUAAUAAACCUUUCCAAGAGUUUUAAAUACUAACAAAAAUCUAAACUGCAAUAUGAUUAAAAUGUAUCUCAAACUGUAAUUUUGAUUUGGUGAUACUAUAGUACAAAGGUAGCCAAUGAAAUCAUUCUUGACGCUACCUAUAAUGAUUAAUGGAAAAGUUUUGAAAAAUGGAGACCAAUGGAGCCCUGGAAAUGAAGACGACAAUAUGUAUCAGUAUAGUAUCAAUCCACAACAUAGAGCUAUCAUUUAUCUGUGAGGUUUUUCCUCAGCUGUCACUGUCAGGUCCUGCUUGAUGGCUCUGUACAAGCCGAGAAAGAACUCUGCCAGUGGUCAGCACAGUGCACUCAAAGUCCUCUGGGCGAUUGGAAAGAUCAGAGGUCAGGAGACAGAUAUCCAAGGAAAAAUGUCUCACCUCAAAGAGUACAUUCACAUCCUCUAUAGCGCUCUGAAAGGUGGCGUUCACCAUUGACGCCAUCUCUCUCUUCACUCUAACAGCUGGUGGGUAAAGGGCUGAAUGAGGGAGAGAGAGAAAGAAUGUUAACUCUUUUCUCUCUAAGUCUUGCCAAUGGUUUCAUUGUGUGAUGUGCUGCAGAGCAUGUUGCUUGAACCAUAUUUAUUGCAUAUUAAGAUUUGUCUUAAUGUCAUAGUCUAUACAUGAUUUAUAAACAUAGUGUGUUAUUCUCACAGGGGAAACACAAAGAAAUGGGUUGCUUUGUGUCACACUCCAAUUCAAUGAGUUGCCAAAUUGAAUGUGGUUACACCUCUUAGCCCUAUUAGUAAUACCUCAGUCUAUGUGAGGAUGUGAAAUUCUUUCUAUAUGCGUAAAUCUCGUGAAACGUUAUUCGUGUAAAAGGGGAGAAGGUGGUUGUCUUUUUGCUGUUUGAAUAAAAGUCAGCCAUGUAGA